CUCGGGACGUUGCUUUCCUCUCGAGCUCGUGAUGGUCGAGUCGACAAGCAAAUGCUGGCGCCAACUUUUGCUACAUGCCUCACGCCCACUCUCACCUCAAAUCGCAUAUAUGACCCCAAACCAGUGCCGCUUGAGUUCGAACCCCGUCCGGCGAGCCAAUCCGAUUGGGCCGGUCAGGCUGGGUCAUUGGGAUUGACGAAUGCCCGUGCCCUGUUAUGGCUCCGGGACUCAGAUGAGGCGUUGGGAGGAGGGAUCUGA